AUGCUGGGCUCCGUCCUCCGCGUCCCGGCCGCUCCGAUCCCGCACUUCCUUCUCCCAGCGCCGGCGCGCCCUGCCCUCCGCCUCUGUCGCCGCCUCCCGCAAGUGCCCAUGGCCGACGCCAAGAAGCCCGACGCGGCCCUUUCGGCCCCGGAGCCGCCCGAGAAGCCGCUCCCCGGCGACUGCUGCGGCAGCGGCUGUGUGCGCUGCGUCUGGGACGUCUACUACGAAGACCUCGAGGACUACCAGAAGGCCCUCGCCGCCCACUCGUCCUCCUCGCCCCCCGCCGGCGACAAAGCCGCCUCCAACAAAGCCUCCGCCGACGACAAGGUCAAAUCAUGAGGCCGAAUCAUGUGUAUGCCUUGCCUUAAUCUUGUUCCCAAAUUGAAUUCAUGCCGUGUCAGAUAUAUGGGCAUUGCUCACCCGGUUACAGUUAGAAUCACACGUUCUCACUGUGUAUUCUGCAAUUUAUACUUGAUUGGUACUGUCAUUCUCACUGUGUAUUCUGCAAAACAUGCAACAGAUUGCUACUGUACUCAUUACCAUCAUCACUGUUUCUUAUGGCUAUAUGAUUAGCCAGAUUUUUGUGUAUCAAUCAAUCAGUAAUGCAA